ACUUCGAUGUAUUGACCACUUGCUGUCCAAUUAGCAUCUCUCGCUUGAUGCAGCCCGGCCAAUCACAGUGUCUGAUUGUUCAUCCCUCAUCUGUUAACAGUUACAUUAUAAACCCAGUUGGAUCAAAAGACUUACACAUGUCGGCAGAUAUUAUUGAUUAUUCGUUAUUAGGCCUGUAUACAAUUGUGAAUUAUAGGCCUUCACCAAGUAGAGAUAAAGGCAUAUCAUUAUUUGGUAAAGGACAGAAAUAAAUGAUGCAUUUCAAUGAACAGGGAACAUAAUGGUAUUAUUUAUUCAUUAUUUAAUUUGGUUUUCCCUUGGAAGACCUUCUCAUCGGGUCGCUUCUGUCCUAUCAUUGAUUGUCAGGGCGACGGCAGUCCAGAAGUGGUCUUAGACGGUGUGUGUGAAAGGAGACGAGCAGAUGAAGGGAUGAGAUUCGUGUAACUUUUGGAUGACCCCUUCCCCACAAAGACUCUGCUCAUCAAUUGUCCUCCGUCAUUAUUCGCCCCUUUUAUGCCGCAGGGCUUUUGUAGCUUUUGUUGGUUUCUCGCUGUCCAACUCCAGCGUUUCAGUCGGACGCUGUUAAAUAAUAUGAAACAUAUUCUUACAAGAAUAAAACGAGCAAAAGUAAUUUGAUGGAGGGGUUGUUGAUACUCAUAAAUGAUGUUGUUUAUACUGGGGUUGCUGCAUGGGGUUAUGAGUGUGUUUUGUUUUAUGUCGUCUAAUUAUUGCUCAGGCAUUGUUUUUACUUUCUAAAUGCAUUUACUGAAACCAAUAACAGGAUAAAUUCUAGAAUAGUUGAUUUUCUCUCUGAACUAGUUAUAUAAAAUUGCUUCUCUGUGUAUGUUUACUCGUUGAUGGGAUUGCAACCCCUCUAUUGGCCGACAUGGUCACAUGGUCUGCUAACUUUAUUCAGUUGACACCAAGUAGGAGGGCUUUAUGGAGGGUGGAAAAAAGACAACUCGAGAAAAAUUAGUAUUUUCUACCUUCAGAAAUUAAUGGCCAUGAGUUCGUAUAUGGUGAACUCAAAAUAUGUGGACCCAAAAUUUCCUCCUUGCGAGGAAUAUUCACAGAAUAACUAUAUAUCCGACCAGGGCUCGGACUUCUUCAGUCCAGCGCAGGACACAGACUUUCAGCAGCACCCUGGGCUCUACACACGGCCAAAUUACGCGGAUCAGCCCUUCAGCUGCACCACCGACGUGCAGGACGGCGCGGUGCCGCCUCGGGGUCAUGUGCACGACGCGGCCGGCCGCCCCAGCCCGUUCACCGGCGGCCGGGAUGAGCAGAGUUCCCCGGUCCAAAUGACCGGACCCCGGACUUGUGGACAGGAGCAAAACACAAAGAGCCAAAACGGGAUACAAGCCAAACUGCCGGCUGUAGUUUAUCCCUGGAUGAAGAAAGUCCACGUAACUACUGUGAACCCGGAUUACACCGGAUCCGAACCCAAACGCUCCAGAACAGCGUACACCAGACAGCAGGUUUUGGAACUCGAGAAGGAAUUUCAUUUUAACAGGUAUCUGACUAGACGGAGGAGGAUUGAGAUUGCACACACUCUUUGUCUCUCGGAGCGGCAGAUCAAAAUUUGGUUUCAGAACAGAAGAAUGAAAUGGAAGAAAGACCACAAGCUGCCGAACACCAAGGGCCGCUCAGCGCCGGCGGCCAGCCAUAUGCAAAGUAUUCCGAAGGAGAACCAGACUGAUAUCACAACUUUAUAGAGAGAAGUUCAAUUAACUGUACAUUAUACAAAGAGUGUGUUUGCCUUUUGCAUGGACCUGAGUCGUUUUACGCAAUUUCUAUUCAACGAACUAAUGACCCAAGAGGAGAUGAUGCAGAAUAGAGUCAGAAAUCAACCCCUUUUCCCUCCAGGAGAUACGAGCAUCGGGCCUGUUUUAGAAGGUUUAAUCCUUCAAUGGGCACAGUAUUACGCAACAAACUUUAGAUUUUUUUGGAAAUAUAUAUAAAAAGCAUUCAUUUUAUCACCGACUAUAUUGAAAGUAAUCACUCGUGUCCACGUGCAUUGGUUCUGGGCUGUGGAUUUGCUCGAUGCGUGGUUACAUUUUCUUUCUUCAAAUUAUACAUUUUAAAUAUAUAUUUUUCUGUAAUGGAAAUACUCCAUACUUAACGAAAUAUACUUGAAACAUUUUUCAGUGGCACCACAACUCAGAAACUUAGUUCAGUAAGUCCGAUAGAGGCCUACACAGAAAUCGUUUCUAUGUAUUACAUCGUUUAAUUUAUUUUGUACAACAAUGCAUUGAGUAGUUGAUAAAUAUCGCCCAUACAUUCCGAUGAUAUUCGUAUCUGAACACUAUCCUGAGUGCCCUUAAUCGGUUAUAAAUCUCUCUUGACAUCUUUGUAAACAGUGUGUAUUUUAAAAGGUUCGUCCAUACCACCUUAAACUCGAAAAAAGGUAUGUUGUUCUUGCAUGGCACCAAAAUAAUGCUCCUUAGAUUUCUCUAAUUCGAAUGAUAUUUUUCCAGAAUAUUUAGAAAAACGAAUUCAUUCCUUAUUCCUUUAAGUAUUUUUUUGUUAUUUAUUUUGUCAAACAAUUGUAUAUUUUCGUGUAGCAAGUUUAAAUUUAUUCGAUCAAUGUUUUUUUAUAAUUGUAAAUGCAUUGGAACUCUUUAUUAGCAUGCCAUUUACGCAACUCCUAGUCGACGUUCUUAGUUAACGUCGAAUCCUAAUCAUUGACAUCCAUUCACACCAAACGAACCAGGGGCUUUGGCGUCACGUUCCGAGACGACUACUCAUGUACUCUCCCACCACUCUCCUAGGAACAAAACGACGAUUGUUAUAAUAAACUCUUCAGAAUACGCGCUGUGGAGGGUUAUAGCGAUGAGAGGUGGAGAAGGUAUUUAAGUGAAGUUCGACCAUGGCAGCCGUGCAGGUUCAAGCAGGGGACACUUCUCCUGCAGCCUGAGACACAUUUCAGCCGCGAGGACUGACCCCGGGUACCUGACCUCCAUGCAGCCACAGCAUUUCUCCCACACACGCGAUGCGCGCUGAUUGUAAGAAAAGAAAAAAACAAACUAAAACCAAGGAUUUAUAGCUAUUUUCCAGUGAAUAGAUUUCACGAUUUUAAAGGUAUUGAAAUAUUUAUUUGAUCAGCUGCAGACCUGCAUCGUUCCAAUGAAUGCAUUUGUCCCAUGUCUAUUUGUUAUUGUAUUUUAUUUUUGUACCUGCGUUUUACAUUGUAUUGUGCAUCCAGAUGUGAAAGUUAUAUUGGAAA